AACCUCCACCUCAUCCAUGAUCCCCGAAAAUCUCCUUCGUCAAGCUGCGUCUGUUCGUUCUGUUCUUGUCCUUGUCUCUCCCUCUCUCUCUCGUUCUCUUCUUUCUUCUUCUCCACCAGCAUUCGUUCCAGUCCCUAAAACCGCGGUCCUCCCACCCCGGCCUCCCCUCCUUUCACUCGCUCGGUUCUUCCUCUUUUUGUUUCCUGGAUUCCCUCUCGUUUCCUACCAGGUCAUUUAUCCUCCAACUGCUUGCCUGUUCUUCGCUGGAGAAGACGGCAGAUCACCCUCGUUCUUUUGUUGGAAAAGAGGAAUAACAAAAAGAGGGCAAUAUCUCAUGGGAUUGUUGUAGUGUUUUCACCUGCAUUUGUUUCCUUUGAAUCUCAUAUCCUACAACUACAACUUUGGGUUUGGCAUCAUCUGCCUGGAGCAAGCCUUCAGCGGAUAACUUUCCCACCAAAACUCUCCUAUACCUAGCAGAUUGUUGCGAUUGAGGAUUUGAUAUCCCAUUGCCGUCUCACAUCUUCCCUAGCACUACCCGAUCUGACAUCUCCCGACGUUAUCGGUUUCAUCAUCACCCUCGACACGUUCUACAAGUCAAUUCCACACGAGUCUCACAUCGAAUCACCUCCACAAGCAUACCUCUCGAACUCGGUCCCACCCCCAGACUCCCUGGUUGGAGUCCCAACAUAAACCAGCAUGAAUCACCAUCCUUCUCUGUCCCCUCGCAACUCGCGACACUCAGGAUUCAUCCCCCUCGGCGGUGGUAAUAGCAACCGCGACAUGACGGACGGCAUCCAACUCACGCCGGUCAAGAGCAAUGCCUCCAACACCGGCCACAGAAAGGCUGAGAUGCCUCACCCUACCAGCUUCGACAGCGCCUCUGUUCACGAGAACGAAAAGUCGGGUCAUCACCUUGGACAUCGCGGCCGCCGGCGCAAGGAAGGCGAGAAUCAGCUCUCGCGUAGUAACACUGGCGAUGAGGCCACCUCCCUGAACGCUAUGGGCCGGCUGUACUACAAGAUCAUCGGCUUCUCCGUCGUUACCCGAUACCUCGUCUACGUUGUGCCUGUUGGUCUGCUCCUCGCCAUCCCGCUCAUUGUUCUGUCUGCCAUUGGCGAGAAGAAUGGGCUUUCUGUUGGCAAGUUUAAGGGCGGAAAGAACGACGGCAACCCUGGCCCUCCUCUGUUCAAGAUCUUCCUCUGGAUUGAGAUCAUGUGGCUCUCGCUUUGGGUGGCCAAGGUCGUCGCCUGGUUUCUUCCCGCCCUCUUUAUGUUCUUUACCGGAGUUGUUAGCAAGGGUACCCGAAAGUAUGCGACUGUCCUCGGUAACCUGAUCCUGCCAUUCUCCUUCUUCUUCUGGGCCCUGGCUUCAUACGUCACCUUCAAGAAUUUGUACAGGGACGAGGACAAGAGCGACUCGUUUGUGCCAUGGUGCCAAACGAUGGGUCGCGUUCUGGGUGCCCUCUUUGUCUCCUCAGCUGUCUUCCUCGGCGAAAAGGCCAUUGUCCAGCUCAUUGGUAUUUCUUACCACCAGCGAUCCUUCGCCAACCGUAUCAAGGCCUCUAAGCGCGAGGUUCACCUUCUCGGGCUUCUCUACGAUGCCUCUCGCACUCUCUUCCCCAUGCACUGCCCGGAGUUCGCCGACGAGGACUAUAUCAUCAACGAUAGCAUUGAGAUGAUGCUGCGAGGCAAGAAGGGACACAAGCGGGCUGGUUCCGCCACCCCUAUGAAGCUCAUCGGAGAAGUUGGUCGCAUUGGAGACAAGGUUACCUCUGUCUUUGGCAACAUUGCCUCUGAGAUCACUGGCAAGAGCGUGUUCAACCCCAACUCAGCUCACUCGAUUGUUCUCGAAGCUCUCGAGAAGAGCCGAAGCUCCGAGGCCAUGGGUCGUCGUAUCUGGAUGUCCUAUGUCGUUGAGAACCACAACUCUCUUGUUCUGGAGGAUUUCCAGGAAGUUCUCGGACCUGCAUACAAGGAUGAGGCUGAAGAAGCGUUCUACAUGAUCGACGGCGACGAUAACGGCGACAUCAGCCUCGAUGAGAUGGUCCGAAAGGUUGUUGAGAUUGGCACAGAGAGAAAGGCAAUCGCCGAGGGUAUGAAGGAUAUCGGUCAGGCUCUGCAAGCUUUUGAUAAGAUUCUCCUUUUCGUUGUGCUUCUGAUUGUUGUCUUCAUUUUCCUUGCCUUCUUCCAGAGCAGUUUCAUUACGACUCUGACUACCGCGGGAACUACGCUGCUCUCGCUCUCUUUCAUUUUCGCUGUCACGGCUCAGGAGUUCCUGGGUUCCUGCAUUUUCCUUUUCGUCAAGCACCCUUACGAUGUUGGUGACCGCGUUGACAUCAGUGGUACCAAGAUGGUUGUCAACAAGAUCUCCCUCCUCUACUCUGUUUUCCACCGCCUCGAUACUAUGCAGACGGUUCAGGUGCCCAACAUUCAACUCAACAACAUCUGGAUCGAAAAUAUCUCUCGCAGCAAGGCCAUGCAUGAGACCGUCGAGGUUAACGUCUCCUUUGAUACGUCUUUCGAGGACAUUGAGCUGCUCCGAUCCGAAAUGGAGAAAUUCGUUCGACAGCCUGAGAAUGCUCGUGACUUCCAGCCCAACCUCAGCAUUAGCGUCGGUGGUGUUGGCGACCUGGACAAGCUGCUUCUCUUUGUCACCAUCGCACACAAGUCCAACUGGCACAACGAUUCCGUACGAGCCAGCCGUCGUUCCAAGUUCAUGUGUGCGCUGGCGCUUGCUCUGAAGAAGGUGCCUGUCAACGGUCCUGGAGGUGGCGGUGAGCCCCUUGGUGGGCCGACCAACCCCUCAUACUCAGUUGCCGUCACCGAUGACUUUGCCAGCAAGAGCCGUGCGGAUGCAGACAAGGCCAAGGAUGAGGCCCGCAUGGUGCCUACAAGCAAGCAAGAGCAAAGCGAGGAGAGCGAGACGCAGGCCAUGCAUGACUUCAACUCUCGCCCCGCUGCCGCCGGCGUUGGUGCCUGGGACAACAGUGACAACCACACUCUGGGAUCGAACGAGGAUCAUCAUCGCUCCAGGGAUAUCGAGGCCCUCCGCACUGAUCUCAAGCGUGAGAGCACUCGCGGCCGUCGCAAGGCUGGCGAGGGUGUGCCACAGUUGUCUUUGGAGACGGCACCCCGGCCCAGCAUUUCGAUGACGCAGCCCAGCCCUCGCAGCAUUCGCAGUCCCUUCGACGAGGAAGCUGAGACUGGCAUGGGCGCUACGCCCUACCACUCUAACCUCUCUGCCGGUCCAUCUCAGGGUUCCCAGGGAUACCAGCCAUUCUCAGGAGGUGCUAGCAGCAGCCACAUCCAGACCAACGUCCAGCAUCCCCUCCAGGGCGCCAGGUCCCAGCAAGGACCACCUCAAGGCCCUCCUCCUCAGGGACCACCCCCAGCUCCUCAACGCUAGUGGACUUGGAGGUGAAGGAGAUGCAAAGUGUAACGGCUGAUUAAAAUGUUUUGGUGGUAAUAUGGAGUCGCUAUUCCACGCGGUUGGAUUUUUGGAUUUUGGCAACUGGGUGUACAUGGAAGCAAACAAACAUUGGGUGAACUAUCCCGUUAUAACCUAGAUUGGGCUACCCGCACAAAUAAUUGGGCGGAAGUAUUGGUUUUACGAAUCCAGACUAUGGGAUUGCUCAACGGGCAGCUCAUAUUUUACGAAGUUAAGAAAUUAGAUCA